AGUCGGCAUUCGAGUCCAAAUGACGCCCCGGCUGCGUUGACACACUACAUUACCCAGAAAGCAGGGUUCUGUCAUACGUCAACUGCAAUCACGGUUGUAUCUCCAACAUGGCGUCGCUGGGAAGGAGGCGCGGUGUCCCAGUAAGCAGGGAGAGGGGAGUUAUGGCAGCAACAGACUGCUACAUUGUGCACGAGAUCUACAACGGGGAGAAUGCGCAGGACCAGUUUGAGUAUGAGCUGGAGCAGGCACUGGAGGCCCAGUAUAAAUACAUUGUUAUCGAGCCCACACGCAUCGGAGAUGAGACGGCCCGAUGGAUUACCGUGGGCAACUGCCUGCACAAGACGGCCGUGUUGUCGGGCGCCGCUUGCCUCCUGACGCCACUUUCACUGCCUCCUGAAUACUCGCGCUAUGUGGCGCUGCCCGCUGGUGCCCUCAGUGUGGCCUGCUCCGCCCUUUACGGGAUUUCAUGGCAAUUUGACCCCUGCUGCAAGUAUCAGGUGGAAUACGACAGCCAAAAACUCUCGCGGCUGCCCCUGCAUACGCUCACCUCCUCGACGCCCGUGGUAUUGGUACGCAGGGAUGACGUCCACAGAAAGAGACUCCAUAAUACGAUAGCACUGGCUGCCCUGGCGUAUUGCGCCAAGAAGAUCUACGAACUCUAUGCGGUAUGAGUGCACUUUGAAGAGGGUUUAAGAACCAACAGAAAAAAGGAAAAAACAAACAAAAAAAGAACCUAUUCACCCCCAGAUGUAAGAAAAGUGGAAGUCACGAUCUGGCCCAGCAUUAAGCUCCACACAUGUAGUGGGUGCUUCCAUUUUGAACUUUGAUCAGAGGGAUAUAGUUAAAACUAGACAGAAUUGUUUUUUCCCUUACAUUUCCUUUACUUCCAUGUGACAACUACAGCACACUUAUCUCCGUAGUACCCUUGCGUCUUCUGCCCUUCGCCCUCCACCUGUAUCCUUGACACACGACAUGCUAGUGCACAAGGGUAUGACAGCAGCUCCUCUGGACUGAAUUGUAUUGACUUGAAACGGACGUCAUGAUUUGAGUACCAAGCUCUUUCCCCUUUCUCUCGUAGUUUUACUGUACCCCUUUCUUGCUGAUCAGUACAUCAUCCUUUCAUUAAACAUUAGGAUAUUUCAAACUCACUUUCUGUAUUUUAUUUGACUUUUUUCAUUAAAUGGAUUCUAUGUGAUGUCCUAAAAAGCGCAAAUACCCGCAACUUAUUUGAAAUUGUGUCUUGUUCAUGUAGAACUUCUUGUUUUAAAGAGUGCAAGUCAGAUCUUAUGUGAGAAUGCUGUGGGUCAAAGUCCUUAUCGGACAAAAUACUAACAUUUGGAAAGUCACACCUCACACAUGUUUCUAAUAAUGUAUAUUGUAUUAAAAUUAAGCCAAACUAUCACACUUGAAAUUUAAAUAUAGACACUAUUUGACACUACAGAUAAAAAUUACACAGCAAAUUCUAAAUACAUAAUUUCUUGCAUUUAUUUUUCCAAUGGUGCUUUUGAUGAGCUGCUGUCAUUAUAAAUUUGGGGACCCGGGAGAUUAUAAUAAGCGAAAAUAAGUAUGGAUUAAGUGGAAUAAAGUGGAAUUCAGAUGUGAA